AUGGUCGCCCUUCUCAUUGCCCCUUACAAUGACGCCAUGACAUUGGGUCAGGGGUACAAUUCGUUCCUCCAGGUCCCAUGCAUCGAUGGAGCGGUUGAGAUCCCCGAAAACUCGCUGAAGACGCAGGCUGUGCGUGCGGGCGGCGCGGGCAAUGUCUCGCAGGUUGUGUCCUACUCGUCGAGGUUCGUCGAGAAAAUCUCGGAUGUCGUCCGCAGCAUGAAUAUCUCUGCCGCCUCGAGCAUCAAAUCCGGAACCAUCGAGGCUUCCGGAAACUCGCUGAGCGUUGAUGAGGCCAAGUUUGCGGCAAGCGACUUGAACGCCGUUGUUUCUGUCAAGGUCAUCAACCAAACGACAUCCAUGAUCAAGCAACCUAAGUUCAAGCCGAUGAACAACGUCAAGAUGACGAGCGAGAAGUUCUUCGACUACUACGGCGAUUGCUAUAUCUCAGAUAUGUUUCCCUCUCCCUCUUCGGCCCCGGAGUCCGUUCUCCUCAACCAAACUAACAGUAGUGCACGCUUCAUGGAAGGUGGCGACUUGCAUGGAAUUGUUUCUAUCAAGGUUCUUGAUGCCUCGAAGAAGACCCAGGUGGAAGCAGCUCUGAAGGGAGCAAUGAAUGGUUCCACCAAUAACGAGUUCACUUUGAGUGAGGGCUCAAGCAUGACCGACCUGAACGCUAGCCUGAGUGAAACCGAGACGACAGUCACCGUUAGCUGGUCUGGAGGCGGCCAGAUUAAGCCAGACAACGAGGAGUGGAAUCUCGAGUCGCUGGUGAAAGCAGCGUCUGGCUUUCCGACCCGGGUUGCCUCCUGUCCGCAGCGGACGUGGGCUAUCCUGACAAAGUACGACAACAACCGCAGCUUUCUCGAGUGGGCUGAUCGGUACGACAUUAGGGUACCUCAGUUUGAGAAAGCGACGCAGAUUGCUUCCGACUUCCUCGAUGAUUUCAUGGAGUACAAGAACAACCUUGUUCGGCUCCAGGCCGUCAUGGCCAGCCCCAGGUCUUUCAUGAAGAGCCCGUACAAGAACCCGGUUGGUCUGGGGGUUGAGGCACUCGUUGCAGAACGGAAGUCACUCAAGGCGGCGAUGGCGCGCAUUACCAGGGUUAUUGACCAACUGAACAACGACCCCACAUACACGCCGACGGUCGACAUCGAAUCUCCCGAAGUCUGGGCCGCCCGGCUCCCGAUACGCAAGGACUCAGAGUUCGGGUCGAGCCUGUCGUCCUCGAACGACAACAACGCCGCCGCUCUCCUCGCCGGCUUCUCCUUCGUCAACGACGUGAUCGCCCCCGUCAAGCCCAGCCCUGUGGAGACGGUGGCACCGCCGGCGCCGACCACAGACGCCCUCAAUUCCGCCAUGGAUCAGCUCGACCACGUAGUCACCGACAAGGCCGAGGAUGUCGCGACGAAAGCCCCCCCGCCGCCACCUGCUGCACCCUCCGCGGCGCCCAUCUGCGCGGACGGCAUCGUCCCGCACCUCUCAGCCGCAGAACAGGCAUUCGUAAACCUGGAAGCCAACAAGCAGCGGUACGCAUCCUUCCGGUUCGACCGGGCGACGGGCCACGACGGCGGCGGGGCGUUCAACGACGCGGUCACGCUGAUGGAGCGGUCGGGCGAGGCGCUCUGGCCCAAGACCAUCGAGAUCCAGAUGGUGCAGUGGAGCACGCAGCGCAUCGUGCGGCGCGUCGAGGUCGACUACUACCAGCUGCAGACGGAGCACGGGUCGGUUGGGACCGUUGCGGAUAGUUUGACUAUUUACCUGGCGCCGGAGGAGCGGAUUAACCGGAUGCGGUUGGGCAGGGGGGAUGAGAUUUGGGAUGUGGAGGGCGUGGCGUACGUCGAGGUCUGGACGACGGCGGGGCAGAACCUGAGGAUUGGAGACCCGACGGGCAGGGAGGUCAUUGAUUACUACCCGUAUGACGGCUGUGUCGGGCUCAAGGCGUUUUGGGGCUGCCAGGGAGAUGUCAUUGAUAAGUUGGCGCCGAUCUGGGGCAAGUAA